AUGACCAUCGACACAGAUUCAAAGGCAGAAUUCAAACAGACCCCAACAUGGAACAACGUCGUUGCCGAAAAGCGCUCCACCCAGCUAAAUCUCAUUCCAGAAAGCUGGCGUCUCCCAGCUGAGGUCCUAGUAAACCCCCCAGCAUCAAGUCUAGAAAUAAUACGGUCCAGUGGGAUUCUCUCCGCGGAGGAACUAGAAUGGACUGAGAGAACAGAUAUCCGCGAGCUAGUCUCGCUGAUUACUAGCAGAAGUAUAACAAGCCAACAGCUCACAACAGCUUUCUGCAAGCGGGCUGCAAUUUCCCAGCAGGUGAAUAAAUGCCUGACGGAGAUUUUCUUUGAAAAGGCAAUCCAGAAAGCGAGACAGCUCGAUGAAAUUCUUGUGCGGACUGGUGAGGUUGUUGGGCCUUUGCAUGGUGUUCCUGUUUCUGUCAAGGAUCGUUUUGAUGUUGAGGGGGUUGAUACUACUGUUGGAUGGGUCGGUCUUACGAAUAAGCCCGCUCAAUCAAAUAGCUCGGUUGUACAGCUGCUUGAAUCUAUGGGUGCGGUGCUAUAUGUCAAGACCAAUGUGCCGCAGUCUCUCAUGAUGUCAGACUCAUACAACCACGUCUUCGGCCAAUCUGUCAACGCAUUCAACCACGCCCUAAUCUCCGGCGGAAGUUCCGGUGGCGAAGGCGCACUAGUUGGCAGCAGAGGAAGCGUUUUAGGAGUUGGAACUGACAUCGGUGGUUCGAUUCGAGUUCCAUCAGGUUUGCAAGGUUUAUACUCCAUCUGCCCGACGACGGGUCGAGUGCCGUGGGAUUGUUCCUUUCUACAUCAACACUACCUCAUCCCACCAGUCGCCGGACCGAUGGCUACAUCUCUCGCUACGACGGAGUAUUUCAUGGAAAGUCUACUCAAGUCUGACCCGUGGAAUAUUGACCCCGGUGCUAUUCCCAUUCCCUGGAGGAAGGAACUAGCAGCUCCUCCGACAAAUAGGAAAUUGAGACUUGGCGUUGUAUUUGAUGAUGGUGUUGUUAAGCCUCAGCCGCCUGUUGCGCGGGCAAUGCGCGAGACGGUGGCUGCUUUGAGAGCUGUUGGUCAUGAAGUAAUCGAAUGGGAUACAAGCCUCCACGUCCCGGUAACGAAUCUAUGGACGAGAGGCAUCCUCGCUGACGGCGGGCAACACUGCCACAGUCUCUGUCAGAUAGUCGACGAGCCAUUGAUUGAAGGGAUGGUAGUAGGAACGGAUAAAGAUCUUCUAACAAUCCAAGAGCGAGAGAAGCUCGAAGAAACAAAAUAUGCCCUCCAAACCACAUUCCUCAAACAAUGGGUAGGAUCAGGCAUCGACGCCCUUAUCAUGCCCGUCCUCCCCUGGGUAGGCUACAAGCCCAAGACGUGGGUGCGCAGUAAACAAUGGCUAGGAUAUACAGCUAUGUGGAAUUUGCUGGAUUAUGCUGGUGUCACUGUUCCUGUUACUAGGGCUGAUCGAGGUCUUGAUUCUAUUGGGAGUGGGUUGGAUGUUGAGUGGGAGGGUCAUGUUAUUCGGAAUGAGUCUGAUGCGUUUAAUUAUUUGCAGUAUGAUAUUGACCGCGUGCAUGGAAUGCCUAUUUGUGUGCAGAUUGUCGGUGGUCGUUUUGGCGAGGAAAAGGCCGUUGCAGUUGGGAAGGUGGUGGAUGAGUUGAUAAAUCCUACCCCUUUCCAUUCAUAG